CACCUGCUCUUACCUCACCUUUCCUCCCUCCCCCUCUGCCUCUCCCAUGUGUCAGCUGAGCCACAGAGGGAUCGGCAGGGAUCGUCUAACCACAAACGAACUGCCCCUAUCUACAGAUAAAGGAAGAGGAGUGUUAGCCCUAACAUUUUCUCUCAUUCAUUUUCGCUGUUUUUCCACCCUGGCUCCUUGGGAGAGAAGAGAGUAGCUUGUCUGCUGUUCUCUCUUUUUCUCUUGUUCUGUCCUCCCUGUCCUGGGAUCUAAUGAAGUAACAGCCCUAGGAUAUUGACUGAAACAGGUGGAGGAUCCCGCCAGGGCUCAACACAGGCACAGUAUGGGUGACGAAAGCUACAACUUUGUCUUCAAAGUGGUUCUGAUUGGUGAGUCUGGUGUUGGGAAGAGCAACCUGCUGUCACGCUUCACCAAGAAUGAGUUUAACCAUGACAGCCGCACGACCAUCGGAGUAGAGUUCAGCACCCGCACUGUUCAGCUGGAUACCUUCACCAUCAAGGCUCAGAUCUGGGACACGGCAGGGCUGGAGAGAUACAGAGCCAUCACCUCAGCGUACUACAGAGGAGCGGUGGGUGCUAUGCUGGUGUAUGACAUCACCAAGCACCUAACCUAUGAGAGUGUGGAACGUUGGCUGAAGGAGCUGUACGAUCACGCUGACCCUCACAUCCUGGUCAUGCUGGUUGGCAACAAGAGUGACCUGGAGACCCUGAGGACUGUGCCCACCGUGGAGGUCAAGGAAUUUGCAGAAAAGAAGGGCCUCUUGUUUAUGGAGACGUCAGCUCUGGAUUCGACCAACGUUGAAGCUGCUUUCCAGGAAGUUCUCACAGCGAUCCACAAGAAGGUGGCCAGUCGAGAGGUGACCCGCGGGUCAAUCAGUGCCGUGACCCUGUCCAGUGCUACUGGAACGGCUAGCGAAGUCCAGGAGGAACGUAGGACUUGCUGCAAGAACCUCUGACCGGUUCUGACUAGCUCUGGCCAGUUCUUUCCGGUAUUAAACAGAAUCUUCCUACUCUACCCUCAUUCAGGAUUAAGGGAGUCUAUGUUGAUGACUCCAGGAGGCAUAGCUGUGGGAAGUAGGGGUGCUCAGGGUGCUGCAGCACACACCUGAAAAUGAAAGUGCACUGGGCCUUUACUAGUAUUGUAUUAGAAGACCCAUAUAAAUUCCCCCCCCCCCCCCCCCCCCCCCCGUCGGCAAAAAUAUCGCAGCACCCCAACCACCGAACACCUUCCCACAUCUAUGACAGGAGGGCUGUCUGAACCAAAGACCAGGCAGUCCACAAGACACAGGCCACAUUUACACUUUGUCAAUAAAUACACUAUUGGUGUCACCUAUAUUCUCCCUGUUUGGCGAAAGGUUGCAGACCACUUGAAAAUAUUUGUGUGGAAAGUUUUUUUAAUUUUUUAUGCUUGUUACCAAAUACGUCUUGUUGGGGUUUAUUUGAAAGGAGGAACUGCAUUAUUUUUGGAUAUUCAUCAUGUGCAUGUAUUGUUUGUAACCAAGAUGAAAAAACUGUAGGAGGUUUUGUGUUGACUACAUGGGAACACUUGUGAAGGUUUUAACUUAAUGAAUAGUAUGUGUGGCUCGGAGACCAAGUAGAAAAGUGACUUGCUUCAUGAUUUUGAAACAUUGACGCUCGAUAUUGCAACAACUAUGCACUGUAUCUAAUCUUUUAUGACAAACUUGUAUCAUUCAUCUUUGUGAUGGGAAAAAUGCUUAGAGAUUUCUGGUUUCAUUCACUAUUCAUUUGCUAUUCUCCUGUAGAGGGCAGUGCUGUUUUCAAGACAUCUAUGGUGUCUCCAAAAUACACAGUUGAAAGUGAUGUCUCCAAAUCAGAUCUGCUAUUGAUAUCUAACUUUACCUCACACAUAUAUAAGCAGUAGUUUAUGAAGAGCACACACACAGGAGUUUCAAUCUUAUAAUAAAACAUCCCGAAAUGGAUGGCGUCAUCUAUAAUUGA